GCCAUUGAAGAGGAAAGGUGUCUUAAGUUCGCUGACUGUGCAUGAAACACAGUCAUGGCGAAUCUUCACGCCGACAAAGAUGCCUUUUAUAGACGGAUGGGAAGAUUUUAUUCCGCAUGGAAUAAAGCAUCUGGUGGUGAACCCUUAGCCCAGGUGGACGCAUUGGUCGCUGCUGUAGGAGUUGACGAGGAAGUUGUGUACUCAAAAUCUACAGCACUACAGACUUGGCUGUUUGGAUAUGAACUGACUGACACCAUCAUUGUCUUGUGUGAAAAUUCUGUCAACAUUCUUGCUAGUAAGAAGAAAAUAGAAUUUCUAAAACAGGUGGAUUCCACAAAGGAAAAUGAUAAUGGUGUCCCAUCCAUCAAUCUUCUUGUUAGAGAUAAGGGUGACAAAGACAAAGCUAACUUUAAGAAGCUAGUGUCUGCUAUAAAAGAAAGUAAAAAGGGUAAAACUGUUGGAGAAUUUUCAAAAGACAAAUUUCCAGGCGAUUUCAUGAGCUUGUGGCGAGCUGCUUUGAAAGGAGAAGGCUUUGAAAAAGUCGAUGUCAGUUCUACCAUGGCAUAUGUGAUGGCUUCAAAAGAGGAAUCGGAGGUGAAGGUCAUUCAACGUGCCUGCACUGUUACCUGUGAUAUCUUCACAAAGUAUUUGAGAGAUCAAAUCAUGGAGAUCAUUGAUGCAGAGAAGAAAGUGAAACACUCCAAACUGGCUGAUGGAGUUGAAUCUGCCCUUCAGAACAAAAAAUAUGUUACUGGCGUAGACACAUCACAACUAGAUAUGUGUUACCCAGCUAUCAUACAGAGUGGUGGCAAGUACAGUUUGAAGUUCAGCACCACCAGUGAUGACAGUGUGCUCCACUUUGGGACCAUUAUCUGUGCAAUGGGAGUACGGUACAAAUCCUACUGCUCCAAUAUUGUUCGUACACUGUUUGUGGACCCUACAGAGCCAAUGCAGAAAAAUUAUGAGUUCCUCACUCUGGUGGAAGAGGAAAUUCUUGUGAAACUUCAAGAUGGUGUUAGACUUAGUGAAGUGUAUGAACAUACUGUGAGCUACGUCAAGAAGGAGCGACCGGAAUUACUAGACAAAAUGACCAAGAAUAUUGGGUUUGCAAUGGGUAUCGAGUUCAGAGAAGGUUCACUUCUUAUCUCAGGGAAGUCUAACAUCAGAGCAAAGAAAGGGAUGGUUUUCAACAUCAAUGUUGGUUUUUCUGACCUGAAGAACAAAGGAGCCAAAGACAAGGAUAGUGAAGUGUAUGCUGCCUUUCUGGGUGACACAGUCAUGGUCAAUGAGGGGUCACCUUGCACAUUACUGACAACAAUGAAGAAGAAAAUUAAGCAUGUAGGAAUUUUCCUGAAAGAUGAAGAAGAGGAGGAAGAGGAAGAAGAGGAGGAGCCAGAACCAGAAGCACUCUUAGGACGAGGACAAAGGAAUGCUCUACUGGGUACUAGGACUAGGACUGAGAUGACAACUGAGGAAAAACGAGCUAAACAUCAGAAGGAGCUCUCUGAGAAACUGAAUGAUGAAGCAAAAGAGAGGCUUAAGGGGAUGAAAGGAGGAACAGAGGACAAAAAAGUGCGGAGAUCCAAUGUAUCAUACAAGAAUCCUUCACACAUGCCACAGGAGUCACAGUUACGAGAACUUAAGCUUUACGUUGAUAAGAAGUAUGAGACUGUAAUACUGCCUAUUUUUGGAAUUCCUACGCCUUUCCACAUAUCUACUGUAAAGAACAUCAGUCAGUCUGUAGAAGGUGACUACACAUACCUACGUAUCAACUUCUUCCACCCAGGGUCGGCACUUGGCAGAAAUGAUGGAAAUCUCUAUCCUCAACCAGAUGCUACAUUUGUCAAGGAAAUUACUUACCGAAGUUCUAAUACAAAAGAACCAGGCGAGAUUUCAGCACCCUCCUCCAACCUUAACACAGCCUUCCGUCUCAUCAAAGAAGUACAGAAGAAGUUCAAAACAAGGGAAGCUGAGGAGAGAGAGAAAGAGGGAAUUGUGAAACAAGACACACUUAUCAUCAAUCCCAACAGAGGAAACCCCAAGCUGAAGGACCUCUAUAUCCGGCCCAACAUCGUGUCCAAAAGAAUCUCAGGAACUCUGGAGGCACACACCAAUGGUUUCAGAUUCACGUCGGUUCGAGGAGACAAGGUGGACAUUCUCUACAACAACAUAAAGCAUGCCUUUUUCCAGCCAUGUGAUGGAGAAAUGAUUAUUUUGCUUCACUUUCACCUUAAGCAUGCUAUCCUGUUUGGUAAGAAGAAACAUGUUGAUGUCCAGUUCUACACAGAAGUUGGAGAGAUCACUACAGAUCUUGGCAAACAUCAGCAUAUGCAUGAUCGAGACGAUCUGCAUGCGGAACAGGCUGAACGUGAGUUAAGACAAAAGUUGAAGUCAGCAUUCAAGAGUUUCUGUGAAAAAGUAGAAGCCAUUACAAAACAGGAUAUUGAAUUUGAUUCUCCGUUCCGAGAGCUUGGUUUCCAUGGUGCCCCAUACAGGAGCACAGUGCUGCUGCAGCCUACAAGUGGCUGUGUCGUUAACUUAGUGGAAUGGCCACCAUUUGUGAUUUCCCUGGAAGAAGUGGAGUGUAUUCAUUUUGAGAGAGUCCAAUUUCACCUGAAGAACUUUGAUAUGGUAUUCGUGUUCAAGGAUUACAGCCGCAAGGUGGCCAUGAUCAACUCCAUACCGAUGAACGUGUUGGACAAUGUCAAAGAAUGGCUCAACUCUUGUGAUGUGCGGUACACUGAAGGAAUUCAGAGUUUGAACUGGUCCAAAAUCAUGAAAACCAUUACUGAUGAUCCUGAAGGCUUCUUUGACAGUGGUGGCUGGACUUUCUUAGACCCUGAAAGUGAUGUCGAGGAAGAGGAUGAUGAGGAUGAUGAAGAUGAUGAAGCAUAUGCUCCAACAGAUGAGAGCAACUCUGAGGAAGAUAGCAGUGAGGAUUAUUCUGAGGAGGAGAGUGACUGGGAAGGUGAAGAGGACGAUGAUGAUUCAGAAGAAGACCUUGGAUCCAGUGAGGAAAGCGGUAAAGAUUGGGACGAGUUGGAAGAAGAAGCUCGUAGAGCGGAUGCUGAAGGUGACAUGAUGGCGGAAGAUCCCCGUAGCCACCACAAGUCCCACCAUAAGUCUCAUCAUAGAUCACCCAGCAAGUCCUCUUCUCACAAGUCUUCUCACAAAUCACCGAGUAAAUCUUCACACAAGUCUUCAAGUAAAUCUUCUUCUCAUAAAUCACCUCACAAAUCACCUAGCAAGUCUUCAUCACAUGGAAAAUCUUCCUCGCAUGGAAAAUCUUCCUCACAUUCAUCAUCCCACAAGUCUUCUUCAUCCUCUUCUUCAAAUAAGAGGAAGCGAGAAGCAAGUGGAGAACGAAAUGAUAAGAAGAAAAGGAGAUGAAAAGAUUCUGUAACCAUGUGACAGAAUGAUCAGAAGAUUCUGUAACAAUGUGACAGAAGAAUGAUCAGAAGAUUCUGUAACAAUGUGACAGAAUGAUCAGAAGAUUCUGUAACAAUGUGACAGAAUGAUCAGAAGAUUCUGUAACAAUGUAACAGAAGAAUGAUCAGAAGAUUCUGUAACAAUGUGACAGAAUGAUCAGAAGAUUCUGUAACAAUGUGACAGAAGAAUGAUCAGAAGAUUCUGUAACAAUGUGACAGAAGAAUGAUCAGAAGAUUCUGUAACAAUGUGACAGAAGAAUGAUCAGAAGAUUCUGUAACAAUGUGACAGAAGAAUGAUCAGAAGAUUCUGUAACAAUGAGACAGAAGAAUGAUCAGAAGAUUCUGUAACAAUGAGACAGAAGAAUGAUCAGAAGAUUCUGUAACAAUGUGACAGAAGAAUGAUCAGAAGAUUCUGUAACCAUGUGACAGAAUGAUCAGAAGAUUCUGUAACAAUGAGACAGAAGAAUGAUCAGAAGAUUCUGUAACAAUGUGACAGAAGAAUGAUCAGAAGAUUCUGUAAAAAUGUCAAAUAUCCUGUAUAUAUAAUAUGGUUGUACUGAAUCUUUCAUCACUCUGCUACAAGUCCUCCUUAUUAAGUUGUUAUAUCAGAACAAAGAAAUGUGAUGGUGGAAUGUAUAAUGCUGACACGUGCGUAAAGGGAAGUGCUUUACUGCUAUUGUAUAUGUUAGUGCUUCUCUUCAGUGUUGUCUCACUGCAGUCAUAUACACACUGACUUCUAUUCUGCUAUUAUUGAGAUGCAAGCUUCUUUUGACUGACCUCAUCUGGUAGAACCAUUUGUAAUACUCCACACACCAUACUGGCUGUCAUUAACUAAUGUAGGGACCAUUGUAUAAUGAUAUGAUUCUCCAACAUUUAUGUUGUCAUGAUAACCUUGGUAUUGUAGUUUGUGAUCUGUACUCCAAUUCAACAAUAUAUUUUGUCAUCUUUAUAGUUCUGUUUAUUGUGAGGGGAAAAAAAGUUUUUAGGAUUGAACAAUGGCUCGGCUCCAACUUAGAGCCUUGUUCUGUUGAAAGAUAAGUUUUAAGUAUAUCACUUCAGUGAUCUAUCUUCUGCAGCUGUGUAGUGUAAAGUGAUCGAAACUGAUACAUUUAUCAGGAAUGAAGUAAUAAGUAAAUCUACAGCCUACAACAACACUUUGUAGAAAUAUUUAUCAUGUGUGAAAAUAUGUCGAUAAUUUAUUACAAUAACUCUUAACAUUGAUGUACUUCAAAAAUUGAAAAUAUUCUUCCUUCAACAAGAGAGAACACCAGGACAAAAUGACAAAUAUUGAAAUAUGUACACACGUCGAAAUGCCAAAAAAUGAAAAUUUCUCUGAGAAGACAGUUUACAGAAUUCACAGUAGAAUUGACCAAUUAAAACAACGUUUAUCAAAGAAUAGUGGCAUUAUCUUGUUUUGUUAUAAGUGUGAAAUGGUCUUGUGUUUGUAUUUACCUCAGUGCUGAAUAAAAAUGAAUGAAUGUAC